UUAUGUACUAAUUCAAUUGAGUUCACUCACUCAUCCAGACCAAUAACUUGUAAAAAUGUCUCAAAUCCUCUUUCUAAUAGUCCUACUUACCCUGGGGUCUACCCAGGCUACACUAUCUCCAAAAAUCUCCCCCAAUCUCGUAUUAAAAUUCAAUCAAGACCCCACGACCAACAUCAUCAUCACCUUCGCCACGGGAACAUCCGCCGUUUUGUCGUACAUCUCCGAGAACGAUUUUCCAGACAGAGACACGCUCCUCUUUUCCCUCGCCACGGCACUCGACAUAAAUUCCGUCCAAUCCCAAUCAUCCGUUCGAAACUUUCUCGCAACAACGAAUUUUACUUCAGACCCGCUCUGGGUGACAGAUCAACUCUGGGUUAAGGAUUCCACUGUAGAAUUAGUCUCUCAACUGGCCGAAUUUCCCGAAGUUAUUGAAAUCUUUGAGGACGAGUUGACAUUUUCCUUUUCAGAGCCAAGUUCUCCCAUCCUCACCGGUCGGUCCAGCCCUCUCGCAGAAUGGAACUUGGAAAAAGUUAAGGCUGAAGAAGCUGUAACCCUGCUGAAAAACGUGUCCACCAACAUUCCCACAAUUCGAGUAUGCACGAUCGACACUGGUGUCCGAGUGACGCAUGAAUCUCUGCGAGGCAGUUAUCUCGGCGAGUACGGUUGGUUCGACCCCGGAUUAAGGAGUGACCUGCCAAAUGAUAUGAACGGACACGGGACCCAUGUCACGGGAACAAUAGCUGGAUUGGGAGGAAUUGGUGUAUAUCCGGACGCAAAAUGGAUGUCUUGUAAAGGAUGCGCGACAAACUUUUGCUCAAUGUAUGACCUGAUCCGAUGUGGGCAGUGGGUCCUCUGCCCCAGCUUGCCCAACGGAUCGAGACGCGACUGCAGCAAAGCCCCACACCUCGUAAGCAACAGCUGGGCUGUAGCUUACACUCCGGAGACCACCUGGUUUGAUGACGUCGUCAGAGCGUGGCAUGUAGGCAGAGUCGUUCCAGUUUUUGGCAUCGGAAACGAUGGACCCAACUGCGGCACGGUGGGAUAUCCCGGAAGCAUAGAUGUUAUCGGUGUAGGAGCCACCACAACGACAGACGCCAUUGCCCCGUUUAGCAGUGUAGGCCCAAGUAUUCAUGGCGUUUUGAAACCGGAUGUGACCGCACCGGGACAAAAUGUUCUUUCGGCGGCCCAUACGGGGGAUAAUGAGUACCGCGUUUUGUCAGGAACAUCUAUGGCAUGUCCACAUGGGGCUGGGGUGACGGCAAUUUUGCUCGCUUACAAUCAAACAAUGUCCUAUGAUCGAGUAGUGGAAGCACUUUUUACCGGAGCGGAUACAAACUUGGUGACGACUGGGCGUGUUUGCGGUGGUGUUAUUGAUACAACUUUUCCAAACCAUGUAUUUGGUCAUGGUAGGUUGGAUGCGUUAGCAUCUUUAGAAAGUCUAAUCGGAGGAAAGAUAUGAAGACCUCAGGAAAUUUAGAAACACAUAAAAUACUUUAGAUGUGAAUAUCUUUAGCAGAUUUUAAAUUAGAUGACAUCUUUUGUAGUAUUGGAAUUUGGUUAAUAAAUUGGCUGUGCAUGGUUGAAGCUUGGAAAUAAA